AUGGGUCUCCUCAAAACUCUCCUGUACCUUUCUGUCCAUCCAAAUCAGUUAAGAGCAAUCUUACAAUGGAAAUUAUGGCACGACCCAGUUCAUACCAGAGAUCCAACCAAGGAAUCUCAAUCUCUGAAAGACUGUUUCAAAUACCUCGAACUGACCAGUCGAAGUUUCAGUUCAGUUAUUCAAGAAUUGAACCCCGAAUUACUUGUGCCAGUCGCCCUUUUCUAUCUGAUUUUGCGAGGAUUAGAUACGGUCGAAGAUGACAUGACAAUACCACUAGAGAAGAAGGAACCAUUGUUGAGAACCUUUGAUAGCAUUAUUGAGCAGGACGGAUGGACAUUCAACGAGAAUGGACCCAAUGAGAAAGAUCGAGAACUUUUGGUUCACUUCGACUGUGUCAUUACUGAAUUCAAGAAGUGCAAACCUGCCUACCAGAAGAUCAUCAAGGAUAUUACGAAGAAGAUGGGUGACGGAAUGGCCGAUUAUGCGAAUAAUGCAGAGCACAACAUCAAUGGUGUCAACACAAUCAAGGAUUACGAAUUAUACUGUCAUUAUGUUGCUGGUCUUGUAGGAGAUGGUUUAACAAGAUUGUUUGUGGAGAGUAAAUUAGCAAAUCCAGCUUUGCUCAACAGGCCGGAAUUGUCCGAGUCCAUGGGUCAAUUCCUUCAAAAGACAAAUAUCAUUCGUGAUAUUCGGGAGGAUUUUGAUGACAAGAGACGUUUCUGGCCUAAGGAAAUCUGGUCAAAGCAUGUUGAAAACUUUGAUGACCUCUUUGAUCCCAAGAACAGAGAAGUGGCUUUGGCUUGCAGUUCAGAGAUGGUUCUUAAUUCCCUUCGCCAUGCGGAUGAAUGUCUGUUUUACAUGGCGGGCAUAAAGGAUCAGAGUGUCUUCAAUUUUGUUGCUAUCCCACAAGCCAUGGCAAUCGCAACCUUGGAGCUUGUUUUCCAGAACCCUGCUAUUUUCGAGAAGAAUGUUAAGAUCACAAAAGGUGAUGCUUGUCAAUUGAUGAUGGAAUCUUCGCAAAACUUGCGUACGAUCGAACAAUUCAUCGAAUCUAUAUUCCCAUCACAAGAUCCAAAGGCUAUUGCUUUACAACAAGCUGGUGAAACAUCUGCGGCCGAGAAGAAAUCAGCAGCCGAAACAGCAGAGGCGAAGAGAGAUGUGAUGUACCUUAUGAUAGCAGUUCUCGGGACACUUUUAGUCAUCUCUGGACUUAUGGUUGGAGCAGCAUGGCUAGCAGGAGCUCGAUUUGACGUCGCCAUAAGCGAACUCAAGAAAGGAAAUUACGUACCCAAACACGACGCAGGUAGCCCGGAAACGCAAAGUAUUGCACAGGGAUAUGAUCAUGCGGAACUCUAA